GAUGACGAGGACUACGAUGAGAUCAUUGACUGCUGGUUCGAGCCCUUACUCAACCCAGACCCACCCGUAGUACCGCCCAGAGGGGUCUACCGAGUUGGAGAUGAGCUGACCAUCAGUAUACGUGUAGUCAACAAAAGUGACUUUGACUUGGCAUUCGAUAGCGUGUCUCUGGCGAUACAGAUAUACGGCGAUGACAACGCCCAGAAUGGCGAGGGUGCCAGGGACGGGUUCACGGAUUUAGACGUUAGUAAAG